GGUGCACACGCAAGACUCCAUCUUGGUUGCCCUGUGCCAAAGCAAUAGGACAGCGGAAAUAUAGAUUCAUUUGCGAUAAACAAAACCGCUAAUAAAUUUUGCCUGCUGCCGAAAUGUAAAAGAAAAAAAAAGCGCUCUCUGAAGGAACGAAUGCCGAGGAAAACUAUAACGCAAAACCGACCGCAAUUGGUCAUGAAGGCACAUUAACGACUGUUUGCACUGUCAGCACGAAGGCGUCGCUUCUGUACGAUAACGACGAUUAAAAUACAGCGAAAUGGUGGUCAGGAUGAGAUCCGGAGGGAUGAGGCCGCUUCUCAAGCUGUUGCUCCUGCUCUGCAUCGUUGGUCUGUGGAUGGAGGCCGCGUCCGGCAAAGAAAAAUCCACCAAGAAAGGCAAGAAGAAAGGGAAGCAAGUCUACUGCCCCUCACAGUUAUCAUCAGAAGACCUCGCACGAGUUCCCGCCAACUCCACAAGUAACAUCCUAAACCGCCUUCUGAUUAGCUAUGACCCCCGAAUCAGGCCCAACUUCAAGGGUAUCCCAGUGGAGGAUCGUGUCAACAUAUUCAUCAACAGCUUUGGGUCCAUUCAAGAAACCACAAUGGACUAUCGUGUGAACAUUUUCCUGAGGCAGCGCUGGAACGACCCGAGGCUGCGUCUUCCGCAGGACUUCAAGUCCGACUCGUUGACGGUCGACCCCAAGAUGUUCAAAUGCCUGUGGAAGCCCGACCUGUUCUUUGCCAACGAGAAGAGCGCCAACUUCCACGAUGUCACGCAGGAGAACAUCCUCCUCUUCAUCUUCCGCAAUGGCGACGUCCUGAUCAGCAUGAGGUUGUCAGUGACUCUCUCCUGUCCACUGGACCUGACUCUCUUCCCCAUGGACACCCAGAGAUGCAAGAUGCAGUUGGAGAGCUUCGGCUACACCACAGAUGACCUGCAGUUUAUGUGGCAGUCUGGAGAUCCUGUGCAGAUGGAUGAGAUUGCCCUGCCUCAGUUUGACAUCAGACAGGAGGAUAUUGAAUAUGGCAACUGCACCAAAUUCUAUGCAGGCACAGGAUACUACACCUGUGUGGAGGUGAUCUUCACUCUGAGGAGGCAGGUGGGCUUCUACAUGAUGGGCGUGUACGCCCCCACCCUGCUUAUUGUGGUGCUGUCCUGGCUCUCCUUCUGGAUCAACCCUGAUGCCAGUGCCGCCCGCGUCCCUCUGGGUAUACUGUCUGUGCUGUCGCUUUCGUCUGAGUGCACAUCUCUGGCCUCAGAGCUUCCCAAGGUCUCAUACGUGAAGGCCAUCGACAUCUGGCUCAUUGCCUGCCUGCUGUUCGGCUUCGCCUCCCUGGUGGAGUACGCCGUCGUGCAGGUGAUGCUCAACAACCCCAAGCGUGUGGAGGCGGAGAAGGCGAGACUGGCCAGCAGAGAGAAGGCAGAGGGCAGGACGCCAGCCAAGAUCAACAGCUUGAAUGGGACUGGAGGAACCCCACUGCAUGUCAGUACCCUGCAGGUGGCAGAGACCAGGUGUAAGAAGGUGUGCACCUCUAAGUCGGACUUGCGCUCGAACGAUUUCAGCAUCGUGGGCUCCCUGCCGCGGGAUUUUGAGCUCUCUAACUUUGACUGCUACGGCAAGCCCAUCGAGGUGGGCAGCGUCCCGGGCAAGUCACAGGCCAAGAACGGCAAGAAGCCGGUUCCCUCUAAACCCGUGAUCCCGUCUGCGGCCAAACGCAUCGACCUCUACUCACGCGCCAUCUUUCCUUUCUCCUUCCUCUUCUUCAACAUCAUUUACUGGUCUGUGUACUUGUGAUCGUCCUCGUUUGCUCUCUUCCUGAACUCUUCCUCCUUGCUGCACUCGUCUUCUCUGCAUUCCGGUGUUCCAGACCUCAGGCAUCAAAGAGAACAGUUCUAUACUCACUAAUGUAAAGAGAUUUAGAGAGAGAGAGAGAGAGAACUAACUGGAAAAUGAUUACACUGUAUUAUAGCAGUAUUUCCUAUUGAUAUUUAGCUGUGAAAAAAAGAAGGCCAUGUUUAUCUUUUGAUUUAACCUUAAAAAAUCAUUUUUUACCAAUUGGAUCAAUUAAAUACUUUUUUUGAGCUAUUUAAUGUCUGCAGAAAACUAAGAGCAAUUAUUAUCUUGCAUGUUGAAAAUGCAUUAUAUAUGCAUAUAUACAUACAUAUAUAUUCAUACACUAUAUUUAAAGGCUUCCAAUGUUUAUUUUUGACUUCCGGGCCAGCUGUGAGAAGAAUGUCUGUGAUUAAAAUGAUGAUGGUGAGGACGAUGAUGAUGAUGAUGAUGAUGAUGAUGAUGAUGAUGAUGAUGAUGAUGAUGAUGAUGAUGAUAAUGAUGGCGAUGGUGACAUUGUUGGUUGGUCUUGUACAGAUAAACACUGCCAUAUGAACUGUACCUUUUGAUGAUCUUCCACUGACAAGCUUUGACCUGUGUACAGGUCCUGAUGUACUUGUGAAACGUUUAUCAGGCAAUUGAAUUAAAACGUCCCACAUGAUGCCACACA